UUCAAUCGAUCUAUUUCUGGCUUCAUAUAAUCGGCGGUGCACCAGAGAUCUGGGCUCCACGUCGGAGCCAGCGAGGCGCGGUUCGAUGGUGUUUUCAUAAAUAAACGCAACAAAUAAGGGCAGAAUCCGGAGAGAGAGAGAUUCUUAUCCACUUCGCGUCAUCGCAGCGAUCCGCACCUUCCCUCUCUACAAAAGCUCCAGCCUCCAUCUAAACAGAGGCAUUUCUUUGUAGCUUCCACCAUCCCUCCCUCUUUUUUACUUCGUAAGUACAUACAAAGCUCUUCUUCGAAGAAAAAGAAAAUAUAUAAAUAUAGAGGGAGAGCUUGGUUGAAGAGGAAAAGAAAUAAAUAAAAAAAAAAAAGGAACGAGGGAGAAAAUGGCAGGGAGGAGAGAGCACGCGUACCGGUUCUUCACGCCGGUUACGGGGCCCGAAUCCACCUGGCUGGGCUCGGACGAGUUCGACGAGGCCGACGUCUGGGGGUGCGCGCUCGAGCCCAGGCCGGCCGAACACCACAAGCCGGUCACCGCCGCCACCUGGUCCGAGCGGAAGAAGACGGUGAAGCGCGAUCGCGUCACCGCCGAGCCCGCGUCCCUCCCGAUGGGCAUACCGGACUGGUCCAAGAUACUGCGAGAGGAGUACAGAGGGAGCAACAGCCACAGCAACAGCGGGAGGGAUUUGGAGGACGAUGACGACGACGACGACGAGGGGGUGGGCAGCGGGCCGGUGAUCCCGCCCCACGAGCUGCUGUGGCGGAACAGGGUGGCCUCGUUCUCGGUCCACGAGGGGAUCGGGCGGACCCUCAAAGGCCGGGACCUCAGCCGGCUCCGGAACGCGGUCUGGGAGAAGGUCGGCUUCCAGGACUGAAUUGGAGGAGACCCCCGACCGACGGCUAUUAUCGAUUUCUUCAUUUUAGGAUGAAGGAGAAGUAGGCGGAUAUGGCUAUGGAUUUGGAAACUGGAAUAUAUGUUCUUCUUUCCAUUUCGUAACCUCCUUUUUCUAAAAUUAAAAAAAAAAAUGCUGUUUAGGGUUUUUUUUGCGUUGACAUGUGUAUGUUCUCGAUUUAGGGUAUUGUAGUUUGCUCUACCUGAUGGAAAUUCCGCAGUGAGAUGAACGCGGUCUUCUUUUUGAUAAAUAAACUCUUCCGUUCUUUGUAGAUGUACGCCUCUUCUGUCGAAGGAACACGAGAAGAAAGAGGUAUUUCUGUGAUUA